AAUAAAGAACCGGGAUUCUUCGCACCUGCAGAAGGCGACUCGCAUUUAUUGAGAGCAGCCCGAGACGACUGUUUACAGAUCUAGAUCUAUACGAAUGUGAUAGGUGGAUAGAUGUUUUCGGCAUGGCUAGACUCACCGCAGAGGUUCGCGUCUCCUCAUCGAUAGAGUCAGGGGCACGAUGUGGCUCCAGGAGUGCUAUGAGAGGAAGUUGAUCAAGGGAAGAAAGGAUGCCACAAAAAGGGAGAUUGACAGGAUGGCACUAACACUCGCCCCUCUCUGCUAUCCUGAUUAUCUGCAGAUUCUCAUCGGAAAAACCGUGUGGACUGCCUUUUCACUGAAGGAGGUCUCGUCAAGAUCCUCCCAGAAACUCCGUCAUCCCGUUUAUGCUAAUGUAUGACGCAUCGGGAAUGGGGUCGGGGAGCUGUAUUAAGGAUGUCAGUGCAUCGAGAGCUUGGGGGCACCGUGGUUGCUUAUGAUUA